GCGUUCCUAACUCCGCACAAGUGGGAGUACGUCUUCUAUAAAACGAGCGUACCCUAAGACGCGUCUAUUCCGCUCUGUGAAUAGGGGGCAUAGCGCUCUACAAUCGUUGGUUUAACAGUCAUUUUGACUUUUUGUAAUCUGUUAUUUAAGAAAACAUUGAAAUAACAACGAUAUAACCUAAAUAUGACCCAGUUAAAAAGCUCAAUGCCGGAUAUAGCGAAAACUGUAUUUAAUGCACCAAUAUAACAAUAUGGUUCCUUCCGAUGAUACCAUUCUUGCAUUAGGCUAAUAUAAUGACAACUACUUAAUUUUGUUUUGAUGGAUGGUAAGGAUUGAAAAUACUUGUUAUUUUUCGUACUGUGUUUCGCAAUGUUUUUAAUUAUUUUAAAAUUGUUAUUUUGUUGGAAAUAUCCGAUCUUUUCGUUGGAAAUGCAUUUCACACCCCUCUCCGAUCACAAUGGUUUUUCCCAUCAUGGCCACCAUUCACUGACGUUAAUUCAGACACUGCAAGCUGGUCUCUGCCUCACAGCACCAUGAGUGAGCUGAAGGACUGUCCCCCACUGAAAUACUACGACUUCAAGCCGGUCGAACAUGUCAAGGUGUGUCCUCGCUACACCGCUGUGCUCGGCCGCUCAGAGGACGAUGGCAUCGGCAUCGAGGAGCUGGACACCCUGCAGCUGGAGCUGGAGACACUGCUGUCCUCAGCCAGCCGCCGCCUCCGAGCCCUGGAGGAGCAGAGACAGAUCCUCACAGAUUGGCAGGACAAGAAGGGAGACAAGCGCUUUCUGAAGAUGGGAAAAGACCCAGACCCAGCUGCCACUUCUCGCCACAAACCAAAGAAACAGAAGUUGGAUGGCAAAGGUGGACACGCACCAGGUCCAGGUCCUGGCAGACCCAAAUCCAAAAAUCUGCAGCCUAAAGUCCAAGAGUAUGAAUUUACUGACGAUCCACAAGACAUUCCCCGCACUCCUAAGAAUGACGCACCCAACAGAUUUUGGGCAUCAGUGGAGCCAUAUUGUGCUGAUAUCACAAAUGAAGAGAUACGAUUACUAGAAGAGCUUCUGAAACCCCCAGAGGACGAGGCGGAGUAUUUCAAAAUUCCAGCUCUGGGGAAACACUACUCCCAGCGGUGGGCUCAGGAGGAUCUGCUGGAGGAGCAGAGGGAAGGAGCACGAGCCAAUGACAAGAAAAAGAGCCUGAUGGGGGGGCCGCUGUCAGAGCUGGAUGCAAAAGAUGUGGACUCCCUGUUAAAAAAGUCAGAGUCCCAACAUGAAUCACCAGAAGACGGAUGUCCCUUCGGUCCUCUCACACAGCGCCUGCUCCAGGCACUUGUCGAGGAGAACAUUAUAUCCCCCAUGGAGGAUUCUCCUAUACCUGACAUCUCAGGGAAGGAUGCUAAUGACGGCGCUGGGACUUCUCCUCGAAGUCAAGGAAAAGCUUUUAGUGUGCCUCACACACGUUCUCUGGAGGCUCGGAUCAAGGAGGAGCUGGUGGCUCAGGGGCUGCUGGACUCAGAGGAGCGACCAGGACCAGGAGGAGACUCUGAGGACGAGGUCCUGGCAGAGCUGCAGAAGAGACAAGCAGAGCUCAAAGCCCUGAGUGCUCACAACCGAGCACGUAAGCAGGAGCUGCUCCGGUUGGCCAAAGAGGAGAUGCGCAAGCAGGAGCUGAGGCAGAGAGUCAGAGUGUCCGACAAUGAGGUCAUGGAGGGAUUUCGGAGAAUCAUGGCAGCCAGGCAGAAGAAACGCACUCCAACCAAGAAGGAGAAAGACCAGGCCUGGAAAGCACUCAAGGAGAGGGAAAGCAUCCUCAAGUUACUGGAUGGAUAACACGAAAAACUGUUUGUCUUAUUUUUAUCGACACAAAAAAAAGCCGGGAAAAACAUCUUUUCCCCUCAGAUUGACACAGAUUAGAGCAGCUGUGACAGCUGUUAGAUGGUCAGUGAACAGCUGUAUUUACGACAGUGUAUGAUACAGUUUACUGCAGCUCUGUGAUUUGAGUAGGAACAUUUCUGUAGUAAUGUUUAUGUCAUGUACAGCAAAAUGCUCAAAUGAUCAGUAGCAUUUAGUACGCAUCAGAGACUUUUCUCUUUUUGUUGAAUUUUUCUCUUGUCAGUUGUAUUUUUAUGUUGUAUUUUCUUUUUACCAUUGUAAUGCUAUGAAAACAAUACACAUGAAUGUUUGUUUGAAUAAAUCAGUAUCACUUAAAGG